AUCGUUUAUCAUACUCGAUACUUUAGCAAAUGACUUGAACAAAUUAACGCAAACUGAUUUUAGCUUUUUGUUGACUAAAAGGAAGCUUCCUAUAUUUACAAAAUGAGCUGCCCAGGUUUUGGAGAAGUAAACAUACCGUCGUCUCGAGCCUUUUGGGACGACUGCGAAGAGGAUGAAUUCGACAACGUUGAACCGGCAUCACAGUUGCACCUAAAUUUUAAUGAGGGCGAAUCAGAAGCUCCCAUUGCCAGUGAACUAUUCGUGUUGGUGGAAGGACCACAAAUAACAGAAUUUUGUAACGCUUUGUUGCUACAGGAUGCCAAAAACAUUUGCAGCAUACCGGCAAAAUCGUCGUCUUUGCAUUUGAAUGCAGCCAAAGGACACUUAUUGGCUACACUCGAAGAAGAUUUCAACAACAGUGGUGAAAUUGCAGAGCUGCUGCUGCCUUAUGCUCAAUUGGCUAAGAAGGUGUUGACGAUCACAGUGAAACCAAAGAUGGAGUACAAAAGCGAAGAUAUCAACAGGUAUUGCAAUGAGGUCGCCAUUGUGCACAGCAUUGGUGGUCCAUCUGGCGAUAAGACCAUAAGUCAACUGGAGGCGCCCAAUUUUAUAUCCGGUGUAGCAGCUGGUGUUGCUAGCUGGCGCCAGCAGAUGCAGCUUCCGUUCAAUUCAUAUGUGGUGUACGUCGAUAAGCUACCUAUAGAUGGCGUUACUGCCGGACCAUUGAUCAAGCUGUUACAACAAUCCGGAGUCCAAUGCAGCGAUCGCUAUGUUCCCAAACCCAAACCCAGUUCUUAUUUAUAUUCUUAAUAUUGGGGGUG